GUUUCUUUGGCGCCGCGAGUAAACUUGAACGAAGAAGAUUUUCCUAGCGUGGUGUGCAAAAGUGCGUACACCCCACACUCUCUCUCUCAUCUUUCUCUCUCUAGAAAAAGCACUCAACAAAAAUGGGGACACGAUGAAUGAGAGAGAGAAAAAGACAGAAGAGGAAGAAGUUGUAGAGGGAGAAAAGCGAGGAAGCCGAAUCCACCGCAAUGCUUCUUCAAUUUCUUCGGCUAUGGAUGAUGCUCUGCUUCGCUAGUGUUUCCUGUUCUGCACGGCAAGAUCCAUUUGCUGUGCGCAUAAGCUGUGGGGCUCGUCAAAAUGUUCAAACAAGACCAACCAAUACCCAUUGGCGUGAAGAUUUUGGCUUUACGGGUGGCAUAGUCGCUAAUGCAACUCUUCCAAGUUACAUCACCCCACCACUCAACACUCUACGCUAUUUUCCUUUGUCUGAAGGUCCACAAAAUUGUUACGUCAUUAAUAAGGUGCCAAAGGGUCACUACUCAAUCAGAAUCUUCUUUGGACUUGUUGGUCAGUCUAGAGGUACCAUUGUUGAGCCUCUAUUUGACAUUUCUAUUGAAGGCACGCAGAUAUAUUCUUUGAAAUCUGGUUGGACCCAUCAGGCUGAUCAAGUAUUUGUUGAGGCGCUAGUGUUUCUUACUGAUGACUCUGUCUCAAUCUGUUUCCAUAGCACUGGUCAUGGGGAUCCCGCUAUCCUUUCUAUCGAGAUUCUUCAAAUUGAUGAUAAGGCCUAUUAUUUUGUUCCCCGUUGGAGUCAAGGGUUGAUACUUAGAACAAUUAAAAGACUGAGUUGUGGUUUUGGACAGUCAAAGUUUGACGUAGAUUAUGAAGGGGAUCCCUGGGGAGGGGACAGAUUUUGGCAACGCAUUAAAACUUUUGGUGAGGAUUCAGAGUCUGUUCAACCUAGAUCUGUUGAAACUAGAAUCAAACAUGCUUCACAUACGCCAAACUUCUAUCCAGAAACCCUUUACCAGUCAGCGCUUGUCAGUACUAAUAAUCAACCUGAUUUAACUUAUACAUUAGAGGUGGAUCCCAACAGAAACUAUUCUGUUUGGUUACAUUUUGCAGAGAUUGAUUAUUCAGUGACUACUGCGGGGCAAAGGAUCUUUGAUAUUGAAAUAAAUGGUGUUCUUGCAUUCCAACAUGUUGACAUUGUAGAAUUGAGUGGGGAUAUCUAUACUGCCCUUGUGCUUAAUACUACUGUUUCUGUUGAUGGGAGGACUCUAACAAUAAAAUUGAAGCCAAAGGAAGGUAAUCUUGCCAUAAUCAACGCUAUUGAGAUAUUUGAGGUUAUAAUGGCUGAGUCAAAGACUGUAUUAGAGGAAGUUAGUGCUUUACAAGCAUUGAAGAAGGCAUUGAGGCUUCCACCCAGGUUUGGGUGGAAUGGUGAUCCUUGUGUUCCUCAACAACAUCCAUGGAGUGGAGUGGGUUGCCAAUUAAACAAAAGUCGUGGCAGCUGGGUCAUUGAUGGACUUGGUCUAGACAAUCAAGGUCUGAAAGGUUUCUUACCAGAUGACAUAUCCAAACUACCUAAUCUACAAAUCUUAAACCUGAGUAGGAACGACAUCCAUGGAGCAAUUCCAUCUUCACUUGGUACCAUAAAUAGCCUGCAAGUGCUUGACCUAUCCUACAACUUUUUCAAUGGAUCAAUUCCAGAAAGCCUUGGACAGUUAUCGUCAUUGCAAAGACUGAACCUUAACAGCAACCUCCUAUCUGAAAGGGUCCCGGCAACUCUAGGAGGAAGACUACUGUACAGAGCUAGCUUCAAUUUUACGGACAACGCAGGUCUGUGUGGUAUACCUGGAUUACCUACAUGUGGUUCUCAUCUUUCUUCCGGUGGUAAAGUUGGCAUUGGAUUAGGGGCUUCAUUUACAUUUUUCCUUCUUACUACCUGUUUAGUUUGUUGGUUGAAAAGGCGGCACAAUAUCCUCCGAGCGCAGAAAAUUGCAGCAAGAGGAGCCCCUUAUGCAAAAGCAAGGACCCAUUUUUCACGAGAUAUUCAGCUGACAAGGCAUCAUAAUAAUUUUGGCAAAACCUCAACAGCAGCUGAGAAUGGACCUAUUUUACUUUCAUGAUGACAUCUCAUAAUUCUUAUUCACUGUAUUUGUAUUAUUCCUCUUUUUCCUGCCAUGAAAGCGUUUAUUUUAUAGAUUGCAGAAUCGCUCUGCUAAUGUAGAUGAAUGGCAGUGUAAUCCUAUCGAUGUUUCGAUGGUACUUGUCUUCCAUACCGUGAUUACUCCAAAUACGGAGUUUCUUGAGACAUUGAACAUCUUACAAGCAGAACUCAGCAAUCUGUAAAUCAGAAAAUUUUGUUCAUUUCAUCA